AUGGCGCCUCCAAGCUUCCGCACUUUGUUGCUCGCACAUAACAACGACGAGGUCGCAGCAUCCGAACCCGCAACACUCACCCCAGAACAGAUCCCCAGACAUCGCUGGGUCUCGUUCGGCGGUGAAACCCUUGCGCUCUCGAUCGAUCUCACCGAGGCCCAACGACCUCUCCCCACCGACAUCUCGAACUUCCACGACAUCGUGGCCCUUCACGCAGUCUAUACGAAGACUUGUCUUGUCUCUGUCACACUUCCCACGUAUGGCCACGACGUCACGAGAUCAAACCACAGUCGCAUCUUCUGCCACCUCGUCACGAUCCUCAACGGAUUCCCUCGCAUCGCUCGUCUUGAAGUUGUCAUUCGCAUGCCGUUUGAGAACUUCACUCAGCUCACCAAUGCUUGCCAUUUCUACCGCCUUGACUUCAAGGCGUGGAAACUCUUUUGCAAGGUUGGGACUUGGGAUGUCGAGCAGAUUCACGUGGGGUCCCAAAUGGAUCGCAGAUUGAACGGGUGGUUCAAGGUCAACAUCGCCGGUUCCGCCUGA